UCGAUUUCCUGGAGCUGAGGCUCUCAGAAAUCGCCUUGGGUCGGCCGCUCCGUAUAAGUAUGGAUCGAGAGAAAUUUUCUCGCCGGCGCCCCGAUCGAAUAAGCUGAUAAGCUCCGCAGCUCGGAGCAAUGUGCGCUUUGUGUGUGGGUCGCCGGACCAAGGCGCCAGGUCGGUCCGAUUAGGAAGCAGACCUCCUCGUCAGGGUUUCGGCUCUGCAAAGUCAAAUAUUAGUGCCUUGGAAGCAGAAUCAGAGGAUUGGCCCGGGAUUCAUCGCGCCGCGACACCGCAGGGGCGGGGAGAGAUCGGGCGGAAUGGGAAGCAUGGCUUUAGCAGAGGGCGAAGAGGAAGACGUGAGCACGGCGGGGAGGGAGCUGAUGGACGAGUUCAAAUUGGCGCUGGGAGACUCAGCGAAGCUGAGCAAAUUCGUGGCGAGGGGGGCGGACGUGCCGGAGGAGGUCUGGCGCAAGGCGCUGCUCUGGGCCUGCGCCGCGGGGCAGGUGGAGUUCGUGGCCGAGUUCCUCAACAACUCGCCGCUCAAUAGCCUGGUGAACACGGCGGUCGACGACGACGAGUACACGGCGCUGCACCGGGCGGUGGUGGGCAAGCACCUGGAGGUGGCGCGGCUGCUGUCGCGCCUGGCCUUCAACCUGGUGCCGAUGCUGCACGCCAAAACGCGGGGCGGGUGGACGGCGCUGCACCUGGCGGUGUGCGCCAACAACGUGGAGAUGGUGGAGCUGCUGCUCGCGUGGUACGAGACAGACGACUUCCGCUUCCAUGAAUACGACUUCAAAGACACAUUCCUGAUGACGCCGCUGCAGUACGCCGUGCUGGACCACAGGCGCGACGUGGUGAGCACGCUGGCGAAAUCCGAGACCUUCCGCGCGCACCUCAACGAAAUUGACAGCUUCCGGCGCUCGGCGCUGCACAUGGCCUGCUCCUUCCCCGGCGCGAACGUUGGCGCGGUCGUGGCCGAGCUGCUGGACGCGACGGGCGUGGACCCCAACGCCGUGGACUGCUGCGACUACACGCCGCUGCACUGGGCCGUGCUGAUGGGCGCGGCCGAGUCCGUGGAGCACUUCAUCAGUCGCGCGACGAAGAAAAGAAUCCGCACUACGGAGGAGGACUGCCAGGGCCGGGCCGUGCUGCAGAUCGCCAUCGAGAACCGCUUCGCCGACCCUAAGGUCGGGCGCGACCUGCAGAAGAUGCUGCAGACGGUGCCCGAGGUGAAGGACGAAGUGGAGCGCCUGUACCGCGACCGGCAGGUGUUCGUGGACGCGGCCAACGCCAUCCUGGUGGGCGCGGCGCUCAUUGCCAGCGUCUCCUUCGGCGGCUGGCUGCAGCCCCCGCAGGGCGACGACCAGGAGAUGCGCGUGUUCUGGGCCUUCAACAGCCUCUCCUUCUUCUUCUCGCUGGCCACCGUCACGGCCGGCGCCGGCACCGUGCUGCCCAUGUCCGACGUGUACAUCGGCCACUCCGUCACCAGCAUUCGGCGCUGGCUCGCGCUCACCUCCUGCCUGCUCCUCGUCUCCGUCGUCCUCGUGCUGGGGGCCUUCGCCGCGGCCGGGUUCGCCUCGCUCCCGGCCGUCCCCCGGCUGCACGUCAACAUGGUGACCACCACCUGCAUCGGCACCGUCGUCUGUUGCGUGAUCGGGCUCCUGUUUCUGGAACGCAUGUCAAAGAUCCGCGCGCUCGCCGAUUUCCUGCUGCUCUUUGCUCGCCUGCGGCUGCCCAUGAGGUCGAUCCGCAGGCGCAGCCUAAAGCAGUUGGAUGUCGAGCAGGUGGACGAGCACCUGCUCGACCUCAAAACUGACCAUGCCCACUUUGCUACGAUGCAGUGCCGCGAGCGCGCCCGUCGAAAGGACACGGCGGUGCGGAAGUUCAUCUCAAGCAGCCUUUGCGAUAAGGAGACAUCCCUCCUAAACGAGAACAUGUUGUUUUACAGUUCGGUCAGCACUUUCGACGAGUGGAACGUGUAAACUUGCUCCUCAGAGCAUUGGACAUUCUGUUUUUUAUCCGUGAGAGAUUUGGGAUUUGGCAAAUAUUGUGUUUUACGGACGGACGAUUCUUCACGCUGCAACUUCCCUUCGAUCGAGCAAACUCUUCCGACCAUCCUCAGUAGCAGACCGUGUUUCCUGAUCAUAUGCAUUGAUCAUUAAACGUUUGCAUCUAUAUCCUCGACGUCAUUGGCGGAUCCAAGCGAGUUCUUGACAAAGGCACUUUAUACCUUUGCCAUUUCUUCAAUCCCGUGAAGAGCAUUUGUGCGACACACCGUCACGAGUGCGAUCUACAUUGAUUGAUCUAUUUAUAAGUGGCAUGUUCUAUAAUCGCUUCAUUGCUUCCAAGGCAGGCACGGAAUGAAGCCGGGAUCACUUUCCAGAUCAUGCUGGGCUGACAUUCCUUCGUGUAUAUGUAUCAAUUUUUGGGAGUACAGAAUUUUGGACUCUUCAAACUUUCGACUCGACUCGGGUACUCACAGCCUCCUCUUCUCGAUGAGCUUGGCCUUGAUGACCCUUUCCGGAACUGAAAAGUUCACAACUUCAGGGAUUUUCUUCGACCUUUCCUACUGGGCUGGAGGAGGUAGCAGUGGGCGAGCUGUCAGCAGACAGGAGUUAUUAUCCUAACAGCGUAUCCUUAACGAAUCCUAAUUCGUACUACUAAUUCGUACUCCCCGUGUACAUGUCCUGCUGGCUAGGUUUCGGUGCAGCAAGAGCCAGAAGCAAGUCCUACUAAUUACUGCGAGAUGAUAGAAAUAAGAAAGGAGGAAUUGAUGAAGUUGCGAAUAUUAUAACAAACAUUGGCAGCAACGAUAUAGAUUCAGAGGAGUGUGGAGGUAAAUUUUGUGGAACAGAAAUCCCAAUCGUGGACGGAACGCGAGGAAAGCUAGGGUUAAAUUGCUCGGAAUGGCUGAGCUCGACGGCCUACUAUGGAGCCUUUGCUACCAGUUGCAAUGACCAGGUGUAUGUAGCAUGGGGGAAGGUAUAUUUUGUGUAGCAAAGAUUACGGGGAUGGCAAUCGUGGAUGGAAGGAGAGUAUUGUAGUACAUGUGUAACAAAUUCUUGUCGGUGAAAUUUUCUUGAGUGGUUUACAUUGUAACACUCUUUAGC